AUCUGCGCCUGCGCUGGGCGGCUGCGAAGCCAGUCGGGACGGAGGAGACAAGAUGGCGCUGCGGGCGAUGCGGGGGAUCGUGAACGGGGCCGCACCCGAACUACCCGUGCCCACCAGUGGGCCUGUGGUGGGAUCUCGGGAGCAAGCGCUGGCAGUUAGCCGGAACUACCUUUCCCAGCCUCGCCUCACAUACAAGACAGUAUCAGGAGUCAAUGGUCCACUAGUGAUCUUAGAUCAUGUUAAGUUUCCCAGAUAUGCUGAGAUUGUCCACUUGACUUUACCAGAUGGCACAAAGAGAAGUGGGCAAGUUCUAGAAGUUAGUGGUUCCAAAGCAGUGGUUCAGGUAUUUGAAGGGACAUCGGGUAUAGAUGCCAAGAAAACAUCCUGUGAGUUUACUGGGGAUAUUCUCCGAACACCCGUGUCCGAGGAUAUGCUUGGUCGGGUCUUCAAUGGAUCAGGCAAACCCAUCGACAGAGGUCCUGUUGUACUGGCUGAAGACUUUCUUGACAUCAUGGGCCAGCCAAUCAAUCCUCAGUGCCGAAUCUAUCCAGAAGAGAUGAUUCAGACUGGCAUUUCGGCCAUAGAUGGCAUGAACAGUAUUGCUCGGGGGCAGAAAAUUCCUAUCUUCUCUGCUGCUGGCUUACCACACAAUGAGAUUGCAGCACAAAUCUGUCGCCAGGCUGGUUUGGUAAAGAAGUCCAAAGAUGUAGUGGACUACAGUGAGGAAAAUUUUGCAAUUGUAUUUGCUGCUAUGGGUGUAAACAUGGAAACUGCCCGGUUCUUCAAAUCUGACUUUGAAGAAAAUGGCUCAAUGGACAACGUCUGCCUCUUUUUGAACUUGGCUAAUGACCCAACUAUUGAGCGAAUUAUCACUCCUCGCUUGGCUCUUACUACAGCCGAAUUUCUGGCCUAUCAAUGUGAGAAACAUGUAUUGGUUAUCCUAACAGAUAUGAGUUCUUAUGCUGAAGCCCUUCGAGAGGUUUCAGCAGCCAGGGAAGAGGUGCCUGGUCGGCGAGGUUUCCCAGGUUACAUGUAUACAGAUUUAGCCACGAUAUAUGAACGCGCUGGUCGAGUGGAAGGUAGAAAUGGCUCAAUUACUCAAAUCCCUAUUCUCACUAUGCCUAAUGAUGAUAUCACUCACCCCAUCCCUGACUUGACUGGAUAUAUUACAGAGGGGCAGAUCUACGUGGACAGACAGCUGCACAAUAGACAGAUUUACCCGCCUAUUAAUGUGCUGCCCUCAUUAUCGCGGUUAAUGAAGUCUGCCAUUGGAGAAGGUAUGACCAGAAAGGAUCAUGCCGAUGUAUCUAACCAGCUGUAUGCAUGUUACGCUAUCGGUAAGGAUGUACAAGCCAUGAAAGCCGUUGUUGGAGAAGAAGCCCUAACCUCAGAUGAUCUUCUUUACUUGGAAUUUCUGCAGAAGUUUGAGAGGAACUUCAUUGCUCAGGGUCCUUAUGAAAACCGCACUGUCUAUGAGACUUUGGACAUUGGCUGGCAACUGCUCCGAAUCUUCCCCAAAGAGAUGCUGAAGAGGAUCCCUCAGAGCACCCUGAGUGAAUUUUACCCUCGAGACUCUGCGAAGCAUUAACUGCUACUGCAUCACUGGCUUGAUACACUUGUGAAAUACUGGUUCUGUUUUCUUUAUUCCUUUUGCACUCCCCCAUUCCCCCAUCUUUGUGUUGGAGUUUACGUUGUUACCCUGUAAUUAAAAACAAAGAAUAGGUAACAUACUGUGCCAGUGUUGCAAUGUUUUAAACUUCUAACAGACUUUAAAAUAUCCCCUGUUCAGAAAACCUGGAUCAUCAGUGCUGUUUUUAAAAUAGCUACAGAGAUGGAGGUGAAGUUUUCCUACAGAUGUGUGUGUUUGUACAUAGUGGUGUAGUUAGUUGCCUAAUAAUGUCUCAUUAUAUGGGUCUCCUUGACCUUACCUCUCAGCCCCCUCCAGAGUAUCACUGUCUGAAGUUAUAAUGCUUUGAUCUGCAGUUUAGAGCCAGGAUCAGGUCUAAAAGAAGCCACCUCUCUGAA